UAUUCAGCUCUAUUGUUGCCUUCCUGUUUCGGGCCUGAAUAGGCCCUGAAUAGGCGGCCCCAGAUCUGAACAGGCCACUUCCAUCUGGGCCGCCCUGGAUCGCGCAUGCGGAGGAGCAGUUGGAUCGAUGGAGGCCGCGCAUGCAGGAAGAUCGCAAGCCGCGCAUGCGCCACCCGAACUACCGCUACGCGAUCUGCCGCCGGCAGGCUAGGCCGCGGGCCGAAGCGCGACUGACAGGAACCACGCGUGCGGCAAGAUCGUAAGCCGCGCAUGCGCCACCCGAACUACCGUUACGCAGUCCGCCGCCGGGCAUGCAAGGCUACGACCCCGAGGCGCGACCACUGCGCCCCUCAGGCUACGGCACGGCAGUCCCUGGGGUCAGGGACCUUGAAGGAGGAGGGCCCUGUCAUGCCCCGGAGCCACCCUAACCCGCGGGACCCGCCUCGGCACCCGGCACAGCCCUCGGAACGCGCCUCGGCACCUGGCACAACCCUCGGCCCGACCACCUCGCCCUGCAUCCGGCACCCGGCGCAGCCUGGCCAACCACAGGGCACCACGCAGGUCAUCUGCGUGCGCCACCAGGGCGCACGUCAGUAGCCCAGAUCACGCGAGCCACCCGGAGGAGCGAUCGGAGGGGCACAGAGCUGAGCGAAGUGCGGGGCAUCAGGCUGAGCAAGUGCGGGGAACUGAGACAUUGGGUCGGCAGCAGAGCGGAUUGGGCGCACUCAGGGAGCUAUGCAGGCGCCACAGGAUGGCCCAGGAAAGGAUCUGCGAGCUCAGGAAUGGAGGCUGGCCGAUGCGGAGGAAGAUCGAGGGCCAGGAUGGGAGAAAUAAGGAGGAUGGAACCCACAGGCAGUGGGAGAGGCCAGCGUUCAAUGCAACCACCCGCAACCCCCCUACCUGUAGCUACCCUGUAGCGCGUGCUCUGCUUGUGCCUUGCUCGUACUCCGUCACUUCAACGUAUACCCCCUUCCUUCUGGGAGCCCCCGCUCCUGACAGUAGGAUAUAGCAGAAAGAUAAAAGACAAUAAGAAUAUAGUCAGAGCUUAAUAGCUCGAAUGCCUAUCGUCUAGAUAGAGGUAGAACAAC